GAAAGACUGUUGUGCGGUGCGAAUCGUUGUGAUUGCUUGCGAAGUAUUAGCACAGAGAGCGAGGGAAAGGGAGACACAGAGAGAGAGAGAGAGAGAGAUAUAUAUACGAACUGAUCGCGAUGCGGCACAAUUUGAUUGCCUAUUUGUGUUGCCUCUUGCGGGAUCUUUAUCUGGAACAUUCAGAUCCUCGUGUGGCCCACUUGCCCCUGCUUUCGAAUCUAUGGACAGUAAUGGCCAUAAUUGCCGUCUAUUUGGCUUUUGUACUUCACUAUGGGCCCAAAUGGAUGGAACAUCGCCAGCCGUUUGAACUGAAAUUCGUUAUGCAGGUGUACAAUGUGGUUCAAGUGGUGGCCAAUUCAUCAUUGUUCAUCUAUGGUCUGAUCAAUACAUAUCUGUCGCCAGAAUUCAGUUUCACCUGUCAGCCAGUGGAUCAUAACAAUGCCUCGCCACAGAUGAUGAAGGCUCUCUAUGCCUCAUAUGGAUAUUAUAUGUUGAAAUACUUGGAUAUGCUCGAUACGGUGUUUAUUGUGUUGCGCAAAAAGAACUCACAGAUAAGUUUCCUCCAUGUAUAUCAUCAUGCUGGCAUGGUCUUUGGCGUCUCGAUAUUCAUGAACUUCCUCGGCGGCUCACAUUGCACCAUGCUUGGUGUUAUCAAUCUGCUGGUGCAUAGUGUUAUGUACGCUUACUACUUUGCCUCAUCGCAGGGUGCGGCCAAGAAUAUUUUGUGGUGGAAACAGCGCAUCACUCAGAUGCAGUUGAUCCAAUUUGGUUACCUUACAUGCCACUUUCUCAUGGUGAUUGUGCACAAUCCCUGCCAGUUUCCCAUUUUCAUAGCCUUUACGGGAUUCACGCAGAAUAUCUUUAUGUUUGCCAUGUUCUUUGACUUCUAUUACAAAACCUAUAUACGCAAAUCGCGUCAGCUGAAGCAACCAUCAACAAUAACAACAACAGCAACAGCAACUAAAGACACAACAAAGUCCGAGUUAAAGCUCAGUUGAACGCCAGCCAGUUCCGGGCCAGUGGACUGGCAUUUAUUAUAUUAAGGUUCAAGUUCAUUGUACGCUGUCAUUUGCAUAUUUACAACUUUAAGCUUAUGUAAAUUUUUCCAAUCAAUUGCUUAAUAAAUAUUCAGUUUACACUCA